GUGAUCUCGUCCCUGGUGGCGGUUGCGCUUGCCCGCCCCGAAGCUGGCUACAGCUACAGCGCCCCGAGCGGUCCGAGCGCCUCCGGGUCAGGGGGCGGCUACCCCUCGGGGCCGGCGCCGCAGUACGGCGCGCCGCAGCAGCCCGUCGUGCAGAAGCACGUCUACGUGCACGUGCCGCCUCCGGAGACGGACUUCCCCGCGCCCAGGAAGCCGCUGGUGGCCGCGCCUGCGCAGAAGCACUACAAGAUCAUCUUCAUCAAGGCACCAACUCCACCAACCCCAACUGCACCAAUCAUUCCAGUUCAACCACAGAACGAAGAGAAGACCUUGGUAUACGUAUUGGUCAAGAAACCAGAACCAGAGCCAGAAAUCACCAUUCCUACACCUGCUCCAACUCAACCAAGCAAGCCGGAAGUCUACUUCAUCAGAUACAAGACACAGAAAGAGGAAGGUGGAUAUCCAGCAAGCGGUCAACCAGACUCGUCAUAUGGUGCUCCUCCUUCUUCAAGUGGUCCUUCUAGCGAAUAUGGUGCCCCAAGGUCCAGUUUCUAG